AUGAACAGCGAUCCAAUACCUGAAGAUAAAGGACCUCACUUCGAAGAUCAUUCAAGGACCUUGCAAAAAUUAUUCGAAAUUCUUGCGAAAAUCAUUGAAGAUUCAAACACUGCCACGGGACCUGUAUUCAUCGCUCCAGUUGGAAACCAAACAGCCGCGAUUGGCCGUGAAGUUGUUUUUUCAUGCAGUGUCCGCAACAUUGGCAAGUAUAAGGUUGGCUGGUUACGUGCUUCGGACCAAACGAUUCUCUCGGUUCUCACGAGAACGGUAACGCACAAUGCACGUAUCGCGGUUUCGUACGAGACCGGUGGCAGUUCCGGAUCCAGCGCACUAUCCGGCAACGCCUUCGGGGUGACAGGAAGUAGCCAAGCCACGGAGGAAGUCGUUAACGGCACAUGGCGGCUCCACAUUCGUCAGUUAAAGGAGACGGAUAGAGGUUGUUACAUGUGUCAAAUUAACACCAGCCCGAUGAUAUCUAAAUUGGGAUGUUUGGACAUUCUUGUACCACCGGAUAUCGUUUACGGAGGUGAUACUAGUGCCGACUUGGCAGUUUCGGAGGGCGACAAUGCGACUCUAAGCUGCCGUGCAACGGGAAGACCGACCCCAAGAGUGUCCUGGCGAAGGGAAGACGGAGAACCCAUUCUCAUAAGGGCCUCUUCUACCGGUGGUAAUACUUUCGACAGGCACGAGACCUACAACGGUUCGCUGCUGCAAUUCCAUCGUGUCGAGAGGCGACAAAUGGGAGCGUAUCUCUGCAUCGCCAGCAACGACGUGCCGCCCGCCGUUAGCAAGCGAGUGACACUCGCCGUGAAUUUUGCACCAGUCGUCAAAGCACCUAAUCAGCUUUUGGGAGCACCUUUGGGUACGGACGUGCAGCUAGAGUGCUACGUCGAGGCAUUUCCAAAUACAAUUAAUUACUGGGUAAAGAACCGACGAGGCUCAGAGGACGAGAUGCUACUCGAGGGACACAAGUACGGCGUGCGAGAAGAACGAUCCGGUUACAAAGUUCUGAUGUGGUUGUUAAUUAAAGAAUUUACUGAUCAGGACGUAGGAAGUUACAAAUGCGUGUCGACAAAUAGUCUUGGCAAGGCUGACGGUACCUUGAGGCUGUACGAAAUUAAAAUCGGGUUCGAUAGAUCAUCACGCGGAAAAGAUCACGUGUCGAUAAUUGGCGGUUUAGCCGAAGCAGCGCAAAGUUCAGGCGCCAGUAACGGCAGCAAAGGAAUAUUCAGAUGUGUCGAAAAAUUAUUACAUUGCCUAUCAAUAUUUCUGUUCGUACCGGUAUUACUCUGACCGCGGUGA